UAAAUCCAGACACGCUCCUAAUAUGUCCCUUCCCCUGUUCCGUAGUUUGGGAAGCGGUUUGCGUAUGCAGCUGUUUCCGGCUGCCAGGUGUUGCCUGUGUUUCACGGAGCCCGCUGGGUCCUCAAAGCUGCAUUCUUGUAGUUGUGACUUUGGAACGAAGUGGAUGAAGCUCUGCGUUAAUGGGGAAGAAAAUGACUUAGCUAGCCGCGUCCAUCUCCGGAGAAGCUCAGCGGGGAAACUGAGACUAGGCCCGCGUAGUUUGCGCAAAGCCGUGUAGCUAGCUGGAAAGCACGCCAGCAACGCAGACAAGGCAACUCGGAGAAGACGAGGGUGCGGAGUGGAUUUUCAACAAAGACAAUCGGAUGCACUCGGGGGAAUAAUCAAAGCUCGCCGGUUGACCAUCAGAUAUCUGGCGUCCGUUAACGUCAUUACGAAAGACUUCUCCAAAGAUAUCAUGGUCAUCACCUCGCCUGGUGGCUAACUGGACAUUAAACUAUCCGGCUAACGUCCGUUGGCCAUAAAGUUUCUGUGCGAUUCACGCCACAAAAAACAGGACCCCCUAACGAUGACAGCAAUGUAAGUCCGAUUUCGAACCACCAAAACUCUUAUUUCUGUUUUUUAAAAGGGUCACACUCGGGCACAUUCGACCGCAAGCAGCAGUUUAUCCAUGAAACAAACGCGUUUAUUCCUUGUUGGUUUUUUUAAAACAAUAUUUUUUAUAAACCUCAUCAAAUAAAAAUAGUUUUAGGCAAGAUACGCCUCUGUGAUGGGAACAAUCGGCUAGCAGCCGUAACUGGAACCAAAAUAAUACAUUUCUAGCUGAUUGUCAACCAAUUGCGUUUACCUUUUUUUUUUAUCAUCCAGUUCGAUAUAGCACAGAAAUCUGCUGGCUGGCAUCAACUGUCUAGCUAAUUUGACUACGAUUUGCGAAGGAAAGUGAAUAAAAAUAGACAAUCCCGCAGGUUGGCUUCACGUUUUUUCCUCAGUGUAGCUAGCUAAGUGGCUUUAGCGUCGGUAAUAACGUCCUUGUGUUUUGGGAAUAAACAAAGGCGAACUGAGCGGCGCCGCGGCGAAGCUCGGUUAAUCAAACCGUGGAAAAAGGAGAGGGACAUGACAUUAUUGUUCGUGUAGCCAGUUGGGUAUUUUGGUGGUGAUUGGUUUAAAAUGCACCCUCGGUUAACAUUUAGCUAGCUACGUUAGCACAAGUAAAUCAUUUUUUAAAGGCUGCUCAUGUACUCUGCUCACAAUUUUGCAUGUUGGUUCAUGUUUAGUGACUCUUACGCGUGUGCAAACGUUACAUAAUUUAUAUGGCUAGUCAGCUGCGUAUUUCACCUGCAAGGGAGUACCAUCCUACACUAAGAAAAUUAAGCCUCGGCGCUCAAGGAAAAAUAAAUAGGUGAAAUUCCUGGGCGUUGUCACGCUAUUGUGUAGUGUUUGGGCAGGUAACAAGGGACAGUUUCAUUAAGGCAACACACCUGGUCGAUGUGUCAUUUACCCGAAUGACACGGUCAUGUCGUCAGUGCUAGCGAUUCCAAUAAACUGAAAGCGAAGUUACCCUACUUUUAAUAUUUUACGAAACGAAUCAGUUAACAUAAGUAGGCGAAUGGUGUUGCGAUAGGCUCAAAUAGAUAAUUGAGCUGUAUAAUCCGCCUCUUAAAUGACCAAAAUAAGUAGGCUAUCUUAAAAUGACCUUUCCAAGUUGAUGUUUACUUCUGGGUUUUUAAACUUUUUGUAACAGACAAGUCAGAGGUAUUUGGAAUAAGCGUUUUUGUUACCAAGUUUCUCCAACUGUCUAGUCCAGGAAAUACGCCAUAAAAUCUCCCCCCCAAAAACCCCUCCUUUUGAGAGACUGAAUAAUCAUGACCGCUGUAGCGAGUCGAGUUUGGGGGUGGGUGCGCCCAGCCCUCUCCUACCGGCCCUGGGGCGGAAAGCACGCGCCAGAGGAGGAAGAACCCGCGAAAGGCAGUUGGGGUUGGCCAGGUGUGCCGGCUUGGGUUUGGUGGGGUUGGAAGAAGCAGAGCGACCCCAUGGAAACGGACAUGCAGUACUGGGAGACGGAGGAGAGCAUCGAGAACAUGGAGGUCGAAGACCUGGGAGCCGCCAUGACGGUGGGGGAGGAAGCCACGGAGAGCGCCCCCAGGUGGUGGAGCCGAGUACUGCCUUCAACGUUAUUUUUUUGGCCGCGGGCGAGACAGUGGACCCAGGGCGGUUGGGAUAGCGACAGAGACGGGGCGGAAUCGGAUUACGGGACCCCUCCACCGUCCCCCACCCCGCCCUCGUCGCACCCCCACCCGGCCUCCCCGUUCCGCCUUUUCGCGGGGUCCUGGAAGGGCGAGGUCCUCCCGGAGCACUACGAGAUCUGCUUCAACUUCCUCCGCCACCUCUUCGACCUGCUGGUAGUGGGCUUCCUGUGGGCAGUGGCCCCGCCGGUCCGGGCCGUGCUGGAGGUGGCCGGCCUGCAGGGGGCGCUCAAGCUCUGGGUCCACGGGAUGGUGCUGUUCCUGGUGUCCACCACGGGCAUGGCGGGCAUCCUGUGGGUGAUCCAGGAGUACCUCCCGCAGUUCGCCUUGGUCUAUGGCAUCGUCCAGGCCCUGGUCAUCUCCGUCAGCGUCCGCCAGAGUGUCAUUCUGGGGGAGGGGGAGGAGGAAGAGGAGAGGGGAGGGGAAGAGCUGGACGGGGAGGAAGACGACGAGAGGGACAGGAGAGAGGAGGGGGAGGCGGAGCCUGUGGACGCCGCGGCUGAGGGCAGGAAAGGACAGAGCGCGGCCUGAAGGGGGGAGGACGUGGCGGCCUCAGGCGAUGGAGAGAAACCAGGCAAAGCCACAUCUUCAAGAACAACAUGCACAAAGUCCCCCGGCCCCAGCAGCCGAGUCCGGCCACAGUACUGUGUGAAAACUCUGGCCUUUGCGUCACCAGGGAUGGAAACAGCCAGACGAUGCUGCCUGGACUUUUCCUGUUUUUAGCCACAUUUUCACCUGGAUUAUCAACACUUUCAUUUCUUAUUUUUACCCCACGUCUCUCGCUCUGAAUGAACACUGUAGCACAAACUGCUACACCCUGUAGCACAAACUGCUACACGCUGCGGCACAAACUGCUACACGCUGCGGCACAAACUGCUACACGCUGCGGCACAAACUGCUACACGCUGCGGCACAAACUGCUACACGCUGCGGCACAAACUGCUACACGCUGCGGCACAAACUGCUACACCCUGUAGCUCAAACUGCACCAUCAACUUUGCUAUGAACUGUAUUUUUGGACAAGAAGAUGACCCCAUGAAGGGAAGUGAUUCAAAAUUGAGAAUAAUAAUAAUAACAACAUUAAUAAUAGCAUCAAUAAUUACAAUCAUAAAUGGACUACUUUAGUUAUUUUCUUUUAAUAGCCCGACAGCCGUAUAAGUCUUAUGUGCUGUAUACGUCUGGAUUGUGCAGUUUUUCGUGCAGAACUGAAAGCUUGAGGCCACUACACCGAAACUUUGACCUUUAUGGGGGGGGGGGGGGGUUAGGGUUCAGAACAGAGCGUUGAAAUGACUGAACCCUAACUUGGUUACAGUUCAGGGCAGGAAUCUCCAACUCCAGCCCCAUCAGCUAGGUUCUGGAUGAGGGGAGGGGAGGGGAGUGGGGGGGGCAGUGCCUGCUGGAUUUAGGCAUUUCCCCUGCCGCACCUCCGGGACCAGAGGUUGAGACCUCUACUAUAAGGUGAUCCAGUCCUGGUGAAAGAAGUGUGUUUCAUCCAGCAAGAUUAUACAGAUUAUAAAGAUUAUAAUCUAUUCCCUGUAACAGAUUAUACGACUAAGAAUCUAAGAGUGUUCAGUACAUACAGCGAACUGUGAAAGAGAAUGGAGUUCAGAGUGGGAGGUGUUAGAGUUCAACACACCAUUUGUGAACCUCAUUUCCCAUCAGCGUCUCUGGAAAGUGAAGCUACCUGGAGAACUUGGAGAGGAAGGGACAGAACCAGUGAUGUAGUUCAUUUGCAAUGUAACCAUGGCAACAGUGCUGUGAAUUCGUUCAGGCUCCCUUUCAAAUUAAAGGGUGAGGUGGCUGUUUUUUUUUUUUUUUUUUUUUUUUAACCAUUAAAAGGGUUUCAGGGCAAAAUGACUUGAACACCAGGCAAAGCUGAGGCUUGGUAAGGAAGCAGAGAGGACUUUGGAGAUGUUUAUUUCACUGCGAGUAUUUUCCACUUUCAGUUUUAAUGGUUUUAUUUUGUGUGCAGAAGCCUUGUCGAUAUUCCACUGCAUGAUAACUCCACUGUGUUUGAGAAGAGUUUUACUUUUACCUCUGGCUACACACUUUAUAUGUAAUAUAAAAUCUGCCCUGACUUCUGUCCUAUUGACCCCCGUGGUUCACCUAAUGCCCCUCUUUUAUCCCCCUCUUGGCAUCCAUAGUAAUUUCUGCAUUAUUUUCCUGUCCUCAUCUUUGCUAGUGUUUUGUAUCUCCACGUGCUAGCACACCCGUUUACUCUGCAUGUUUAAUGCUAACUCCAAAUAUGUAUGCGUAUAUAUUUAUCCUGUGUCUUUUGUACUUAAGCCCUGUAUGAUUUCAUAUAGUGUGCCAUAGACCAUGAACAGUGGAAAAAGCGUUGUUUUGGUGGCUACUUUUUCCGCUUUAAACAAACAAAAACAAAAAAAAACAUUUCUUAAUUUCCUGCCACACAUGGUUCCUGCUGUAAAGGUACUUCUCCAUCAGCUGGCAUAAGCCAAUCAGGCGGCCAUAUCCGGCUUUUAAACGCCAAGCGUUUUGCACGCGGAUGUGCAGGUGUUCAUGGCGAGUUAGGAUGACGCUACGUUAGAGCUGUAAAGUUUAAAAGCGGCUGCCUUUAGUUUGCUGGUUUCUGCAGUUCUGUCUCCAGUAGAUGUGUUCAGGGGUUUAGGAUUUCACUCCUGUUAAUGUGAUAAUAUUUUGGGGCGUGAAUUGAAACUGAAACACUCAUUUUCUGAAUACUUCUUUUUUUGUUAAUAAAAUAUCCCUGUGUGACCACAGUGAGGGAACUGAGUGAGAGUGCACUUUCCUGUAUUUACUGAUGCAAUGUGGAGUCUGCUUUAGUUUGACUGAUGUCAAAGGGACCGUUUUUGGUAAUACAAAUCAAAAUGGUAUGUUUAUGGUAUUAUUAUUAUUAUUAUUAUUUGUGAGCCAUAUUGAGUUGUUAAAUUCCAGCGGUUUGUGUGCAGCCGUAUUUUCCUUUUCCCCGCAUUAGAGGAAGAUUUGAUGGUGCUGCUGCCACGCAAAGAGCGGGUGUUAGAGAGGAAUGGAGCGGAUUACGGUUGUGUACUUCUGUGUUUUUUUGCCACGUGUGUUCAGUGUAAUCCUGAGCCCCCUUCACACCGCGGGGGAGGACUCUACCUGUUACCCACCGUUAUCCACCAGUGGACACUGAGCCCCAAAUAGAAUUUUCUCCUUGAAAAUAAAGUUGUUCUGUUUUUUUCUG